AUGGCGGACGGCGGCAAGGUCUCCGGUGUCAAACGUCCUUUCCGCGAGGAUGGCAACGACGAGGAGGAUGAGAAACCUUCCAUGUACAGCUCUCUCCCUCUCUCUCUUUCUCUCUCUUUGGUUUGGCCGGUGGCAAAUUCUUUCCUUAAGCAGGGAGUAGGGCUGUUGUGAUGUCUCUGGGUUUCCUGUCGGGGUUUUUCAGGGAGAAGAAGGUGAGGUUCCCCAAGGGGAAGAAGGCGAGGAAAGGAAGCGACGUCGCCGCUGGCGGGAACGGGGAUGAUGGGGCGGCAGCAUUCGGCCAGUGGAUGAAUCCCGAGCUCGCGGUCAGGGAGCGAACAAAGCGGCGGAACCAGAACAGGGAGGCUGAGCUAUUCAGGGAGAAGGUCGUGGGUGUGGAAGACAUUGUGGGUGCAGAGGUGCAGUAUGAGGUAUGUUCUCGUUCCCUAUUUGUAUGUCUUAUGCAUUUCUCGGUUUCUUCCGUUCUUUCCUUAAUCGGAAUCAUGGGAGGAAAAUUCUUGACCUAACUGAAUUAUUGGCCAUAUACCUUUUCUCUUUGGACUGGUCAAACAGUAGGCGAUUCUUCACUCCACAAGAUGCGAGGGGUUUCGGGCUUUUCAAUAGGGACAGCUAGCUGGUCAUGUCUAGAAAGUGUCUCCAUUAGAGAUCAUAAAGAUCUUAUGCAUUUGAAAAAUUCCUUGAGACUUCUUGUGCCUCCUCAGGUUGCAAAGGUCUCGUAGUUGUCUACGAAGAGAGGUAUCUUGUCAUUUGUUUGAACUCCUUGAGAAAUUUAAAUCAUAGCCUUUUACUUGGGUACAACUUAAGCCAACCGCGGACUGAUCAGACGAGUGAACUGUGUGCCUGGCUUCUUGUUCCCGUUUUCAACUCCUGAGAGUCUGGCUUUUGCUAACAGUGGUGAACUUUAUCAAACUGUGAUAGAUGGGUAUUCGAGCUAACCACUCUCCUUCUAUAAACUUCUAAUCCUAGGUAGUUGAAACUUUCUUUUGUCCCACGGAACCAAUCGAUCUAGGAUAUGGUUUUCUGGUCAUGUAUCGAAUAAAAUUCAGUAACCGUUAUGGCUGUGUACCUUAUAUGACAUUUCUCCAUCGUUUGGAAACAGUUUUCGUUAUUUGUAGCUGUAUGUCCUGCUGUCUUGGUCUUUUUAUCAUUCCAUUUGUUUAGUUUGGCCACAUCCUCCCUUCUCCCAGAACCAUCUAGUGAUGGCAUAUUGAUGUCACUUAUGUCGAUGACGUCUAAAGCACUAUUAAUGGUUGUGUCUACAUUUUAUAUGUUAUUUUUUUCAAUUGAUGUCAUGCCAUCGUAUCCACUUCUAUACGAAAACGAGGAAUAACUUUCCUGAAAGAGAUAUUAUCUGUUUCUGCCUUUUAGGCAUAUAUUAUAUGCAUAUUCGUGAACCAUGUAACUCUAUUGCUUCCUUAGAGGAUGGACGUCUAUCCUAGUAUAGCAGGCCUAAAAACCUUAAAUAACCAUACUCUACAUGGUCAUUGACAAGGUAACAAGCUAUAUAAGGGCAAAUUUUGCAUGGAUAGGAAUUGGGGCCUAAAAGGCACUUGCUUUGGUCAUCUUUUUUGACAAAGGUAACGCUGACAUGUGUCUAAAGGGCGUUCUUUCUGAUAAAAACGCAAUAGAACGAAGGAUAUUGUUAAACAUUACACUAGAUUGUCAUUGAAAAUGGCCAGGGCUCACAUGUUGAACGCUAACUUGCUACUGCUAGUCUCUGAAUUCAGCAUGAUAUUGUGAUCAACUUCGAUGACCAGCCUUAUUGAUCUGUGGGUGAAAAUUUAUCUGAAUAAAUUGGUUCUUGAAACUUUUCAUAAAGGUUUCUCCCUUGGAAACAGUUAGUAUAAUCUAGAGCUAGUUUUCUGGUAACCGUAUCAAAGAUAGUGAUGGAAUGGUUGACCAUCUCAAGUAAUUGGGGAUCAACAUAAUUGUAUCAAAUUUUCUUGAGAUGCAUUUAAGUGACAUAACCUAGAUAGUUAUUUAUCUUAAUUACCGUUAGAAACUUUGAUACCUUUGCUGGAAAUUCAAUUCGUCGGUUAAACGUUUAGGUAGUAGGCCACGACCUUUGAUUUCCACUUGAUUGUCCUCACAACUAUGGUAUCAUGUCAGGUCGAUGCUAUUCAGAACAUAGCAGGAUUCCACGAUGAAAACAUUGUUCUACCAUGAUAGAAAAAUUACUUCUGAAUGUUUCCGCUUAUAUUUUCGUUUCCUUUCACUUUUGACUAGAAAAUAAUAAUAAUUUCCAAUCCCCCAAACACUGGGAUGUUUUUAAGAGAUUUUAACUUCGACAGGUGAAUGCCAGCUUCGAAGAUGAUGGUAUUAGAAUUGAGCCUUUUAAUUUGAAGCAAGAAAGAGAAGAAGGAUAUUUUGAUGCAGAAGGAAACUAUGUCGAGUAUGUGGCUACAAAUGAAAUUAAGGUGAUUUUUUUAUAAGCCGUGGUCAUUCAUGCCACAGCGACUUUGUCUGAUGUAUCUCAGUUUUUCAAUCUAGGAUGCAUGGCUAGACAAUGUCCAAGUUGAUCUGAGAUUGGCUGAGAAGAAACAUGAGCAAACAGCCAAAGAGGAAUAUGAUGAUCUCUCAGCUGGGGAUAUUGGAAAAAUAAAGCGGCGAAUAGCAAAUGCACUCCAGCCAGGAGAAACGGUAAUUUUUAACAUCAAAGCUAAAUAUUCGUCAUAAAAUUAUACAGUUUUUUUUUUCCCCUAGAAUGGAAUUUGAAUAAGACUAGAAACAACCUGUUGAGAAUUUUACCUAUGUGAUGCACCGCAUGAUCAAUAUACUCAAAUGUUCGAAUCACACACUGCCAAUGUGAUAGAAAACGGGUGAACCGUCAUCUUCUAACCUUCUUUGUGCAUUAUUGAUACAGUUGAAAUCUUCAUGUGGAAAAUGAAAAAUAAGUGAUGAGCAAAUUAGAAUCGUUAGACAUGUUACUCUUGAUGAUUCAUGCACCAAUUAAUACUGUUGCCAACUCUGUAGAACCUUUAUCUGUUGGCUAUUGCAUACCAUUGAUGGAAGAUGCAGGUGAAAAUUUUGAAUUUUUCCAUUUUCCUUCAGAGAUCUAUAUAUUUCUUGAAGAUCCAACAUCUUUUGGUAGCAUAUGACAUAGUAUUUUUCAUAGUAUUGACAUCGCUGUUUGUGAACUAAAUUGAGAUGUACAUUUGUGAGAGGUUUAAUUCUUUCUGGGUGUAUAAACCCUGGUUUACCAAUAUUUUUGAUGAUGGUCGUUCAGCCAGUCCUGAAUUGCAGGAUCCUUUCAAUGAGCUAAUCAAAUUGGACUAUAAUCACGUAAAAUUCAUCAUUUCCCUAUGCCUUCCCAUUUCCCUUCCCAUGAAUAUAGUUUCCAUCCCACAUUCCUCAGUUUGUGAUCCUGCACUAAACUUUGAUUAUAAGCAUUUUUGAGAAUGUCUUAACAUAAACCCGUGCCCAGAGGGAUGCCUUUCUUCAUUUCCCAGAGUAUUUUACUACAAUAUUUUCCAUCUGGAUCCUCUGGUGCUUGUGAAUAUCUCCAGAUGAUCAUCCCGUGAUGUAUCUCUUGGCGUUAGUAAUCUCCCAACUAAAUUAUAAAAACGUUUUUACUUUUUUUUCUUGCUUAUUCUUUUUUACUUUAUAACCUAUCCGAAUGAGAUUUUCAACGAAAAGUCUCUGAACGUGAGACAUUGAUUUCUUCUGUAUAAGAUAAUUCUAGUUUUUUUUUCCAUUGCAGGUGUUUUGAUGGAAACCUUAGUUCCACUUUUUCACUUGUCGAUGGGGGAUAUUAGUGGCUUCAUUAGAUUUACAACUUUUUGUUAAUUUAGAUUUUCUAGCUGAAUAAAUUACUGCACAUAAAUCUAGAACUUGUUUGUCAUUCUGCAUCCCUAUGUACCAGGUCUUACAUGCUCUGAAAAGAUUGAAAGGCCCGACAGGUAGCAAGAAAGAUAAGAUGCCGGAGCAAAUCAAACGUACAUUUGAUCAGCUCACUGAAGAUGCCAUGAAACUGAUGGAGGGUGGCGAAUAUGGUUAAUUGCUUUUUCUCCUCAGUGUAUUUCUUACUUUUUCCGUUCUCAGGGAUAUCUUUUUAUUUAUUUAUUUACCUUAAUGUAGGGUUGAUGUAUUGAGAAUCCUCCAUUCUAUUUCCUCUGCAGAUGUUUAUUACGAUAAAAAGGAGACAUUUGAAAGGGAGGCAGGUCUGUUUGAUUUUUUUCUUUCUUUCAAUUUUUUUCUUUCUAGUAUUUGUCUGUCUUAACUGCCUUCAGGAUUGAGGUUUGAGUGUGCAUCCUUGGUAAAUAUUUGUGUUUUGUUCAGUUAAUUUUUUUUAGUUUACUGGGUCGAUUUUGGGACAUACAACUCUGAUGUGGUGAUUAAAUUUUCAUGUUAGCCUAACCUGAGGUAGCUUAGUAAAUUCAUAGAAUAGCAUAUACUAUCAUCAUCAUUAUCAUUAUUCAUAACGUUGGGUUGUAAAAUGGGUAUAUUAUGGUUGACGUCUCUUUCGUUCCUAGGGAGUUAUAUAUUUUGAGGAGGGUCCCACAUCCAAUGAUUUGAUGGGACAUUCAAUGGUUUAAUACAUUCAUGUUUAGGUCGAAUUUAAAGGAUCCAGUUGAUAGGAACCAGAAAUAGAAAAGCACAAAGGAACAGGGUUUGUAGAACAGAUACGAAAAUAAAGGGGAUUGGGCUCCUGUAGGAACCCUAAUCUCAGUUCGCGGUGACCUUUUGAGAAGGUAACCUCUCUCUUCCACAAGACCCUACUUGCCAAAAUGUUGUCCUCCAAGCCUAAUAACCCCUUAACCCCCCGUGUAUAUUUACCUAAUAAUCCCUGACUUAACCCUCACGUGACCUAUGGACCCCCUUAUUACUCCUGGAGUAAUUUACAUCUAUUGGGGGUCCUGACACAAGUGCACUCAAUGCUGCAUCCGAGGAAUUGCCAUUUUUAAUCAGUCCUGUCAAUUUGGACACUUUUGUUUUGUGGACUACAUUCUUACUUGCCUAAAUGUUUGCAUGGCAUUAUCUGCUGGAUGAAUGAUUAUUAACUAUUCUUAUAGUCGUGUAAGGUCCUUUGCUCCUUGUUUUUCUCAGAAGGAUACGAGCGCUUGGCACAUGCAAAGGAAGGCCCCUCCCAAAGUUCUGGCAUCAGUAAUCCUGAUCUUACGAGCGUGGAAGACAUAUUUUCUGAUGCUGUGGGGGGAGAAAGUUCCUCUAUUUCGCAGGUUGCAGCGGGUUCUUUGCAAGCUAAUGAAAUUACGACGAAGGCAUCAUCUCGUGAUGAUGAUACCUUUGAUAUGUUUGGUGAAGAGGAUGAAAAUACAACUAAUGAUCGUCAAUCUGAUGCUCUGCCUCCUCAACGGCCACCUGAAGGUUCUGGAGCUUUGCAAAACGUGCAUCCAGAAGGUACUCCAAUCCCACACUAAAAAGAGCCCAAUGAGCGAUCGCUAAAGUUACACUUAAACUGCAGGAUAAUUAUACUUCAUGACUAUCUCUCUUUUUUGACUUGUCUUUGUAGAAGCUGGCGAAGGAAAUGGAACAGAUUAUGUAUUUGAUGAGUCAUCUGGGUAAGCCAAUCUGACUCUCUCCUAGGUUUUCAAUUUGCCACUUGUCUUCAUUUGAAGUUGUAUGCAGAUUGUUGCUGUACUAAUGAGGUGUAGUUAUUUUUGACUUCAUUUCGUACUUCAUAAAAUCCAGUAAGCGAAGGAUCAUGUUCUAGGACCUCUCUGCCUUUGAGGCAUGACUCACUUGGUCUAUCUCACAGUUACUGUUGAUUACUACGAAUUAGCAGUAAAUCAUGCAAGUAACUUGUGGUUGCUAGUUUACUUUAUUUUGACUGGGGCUGACAAGGGAAAUGCCCAUCUCUCUGACGAUUUCUAGAUUUGAUGUCUGAUUACAAUUAGCAAUCACGGUGGCCAUUUUUCCAAACAUAAUUUGGCGCAUAAAUUAUGGUUAAAAAGUGGGUUUUAUGUUAACCAGAGGGAAAAAUGUUUCCCCUGUGCUCUUGUUAAUGAUGUAGUCAUAUAAAGGGUCUUAGUAUGGUUAAAUGCCUGAUCUUUGUCUACCUGUUUCUCGUUAAAGCCCUUGUUAUCGUUAGUAGUAGCAUUGAUCCAAAAAGGUUUAUGAAGUUUUGUAGAAAAUGUGUGAUAAAUAGGUCUACAAGCGAUGUCGUGUAAAAGAAACAAGAUUCCAGAAGUCACUUAUUGGACGUCAAAGUUAUCAAGGAUGCCUGCUCUGCUGAUAAUCUGAAAGUUCCAGCGAUGAGUAAUUCUGUUGGACUCUCAAUAUCAGACACUUUUGGCCUUUUUAAAAUUUAGAUCCUUUUUUUGUUGAUUUGAAAAUUUCUCCCUGCUUGCUGUUGACCCAAGUUCAAGUAUUGUUCUCCUCUCCUUUUGCAGUUACUAUUACAGCAGCAGCCUAGGUUAUUACUACGACCCUGCAUCAAGACUAUAUUGCUGUGCAGCAUCUGGGAAAUGGUAUUCUUUCGCCCUCUUCUAUCGUGGGCUCCGUACUUUCACUUCUUUUUUUUGCCAUGGCUAUACCUGCGUGUUUCUUUUCUGGUAGUGUUCCCCUUUCCGGCAUUUUCUUUUCAUUUUCAUUUUCAUCAAGGAUUCUUUUGGAUCAUGCUGCGGGAAAAGUGUUUCACCAAGGGUUCCUAUUGGCUAACAGUGAGAGCCCCCAAGCCUUUAGACUGGACUAAAAUAGACGCAAAUUGGUUUUUGACUGGGCUCAAUAACUCAGUAAUUAGCCUUUCAUUUUCCUUUUUCAACCAUUAAUAUAGGAAAUGGUGCUUCGUCGAUGUCACUCUCUCUCUCUCUCCCUCUCUCUCUUCAUCCUUGUUCCAGAGGAAGAAAUGUGGAGAACCGUAUACCAACAACAAAGGUUUUUCUUUGGGAGGCUGUGGGCUAGUAUUUUAGACGAAAACUCUCGGAAGAAAGUUUGCUUUGAGAUUUUUUUCCUGAAAACUUGCUAAUGAUGUAUGGAGAAAACUUUAAGAGACAGUUGCUUCUGGCCCAGGAGCUCAUAUUUCAGUUGCUUCUGAUCAAUGCUUUUGAUUUCGGAUCUUAUCAUGUUGCUGCGAGAUGCGAAGGCCCAGUGAUGUUUGGAAUAUAUUUUCUGAGCUCUAUCACAGAAAAGAGAUUGCAGUCUGGUACAGGAAAUUAAUCUGUUUCGUGUGAUCUUCCUGGGGAUGUGGAAUACUGUGGAUAUGGUUUCCAGAAUCAGAUUGAAAAGGUGACACGAUAACAUUAAAAAAUGGAAGAGGAGCCUCUGCAUCAUCAACGUGAGGGACUUUGACUUGAUUUUGUUGAUAUUGCCAGUUGAGCGGGCGUUUGACAUUAGGAGAACAGAGGGUUUGACUGAGCGAGUCAAUGAACACUAGGAGAAACUGCGUGGCACUGUAAAUGAGUUAAACAUGGAGAUCAAUCCCAAAGGGGACAGCAAUUAGAAGUUGAAGAAGAGGAUUUGUGACGGAAGUUCUAUGCAAUAAUCAUCCCCAGGUCUUUCAUACCAACAUGGGGUUUUCUUUGUCUGUAGUUAUUACAAACUUGUGGUUGGGGCAGGGAAAAAAGGGGGCAUCUUCUUACAUGAAUCAUAAGGAUCCCCUCAGUUCGUGGUUGCCUCCUCAUCCUUCCCCCACAUAAACUCUUACAUGCGUCAUCUUGUCUCCUCUUGCGCAGGUAUUCGUAUGAUGAGGGAACGGGUGUGUAUGAUGAGGUGCAAGCUGACCUACCAAACCAAGCUGGGGAGGCAGCCAUGGAUAGUAGCUGA